AAAACAAUCGCCAGUUGAGCAUUACCAACACUUCAAAACCAUUAAUACACGCCAUUGUACCGGUGGGACCUGAAAGUCACUCAUUCACUCUACGCAAAUGGCGCCCGACAGAUUACCAAGAGCCACUCUUGAGCAAAAGAUCCAGAUUUUGGAUUUCUAUCACCAAUCAAACCGCCCUCAACUGGAAACUGUCGACAGGUAUAAGAACCAAUUAUCAAUCUCCACAUCAUCAUUCAGUGAAUGGCUUAAGAAUGAAGAAGACUUAAGAGCCCGACUCAGCCACGCCGAUUCGGCAUUCACCAAGCAGAGCCGUCGAAAGGUCAAAUUCAAGUACGAAAAGAUCAAUAGGGCUAUGGAUCUCUUGGUGCAACAGAAAUUGGAGCGAGGUGAGCCCAUCAACGAGCCGAUUUUACGAGAGCACUGGUCCAUAUAUGCCCACCAGUUUGGUGUGGAGGAUCCCAAGCGACUCGUCGGAUUCAGUCAUGGGUGGUUGCUGCAGUUUAAAAAGAGACACGGCUUAAAUAAAAAGCGGAUGGGAGGAGGUCCAGGAGACGGCGAUGGCAACAAAUCUGGCAGUGCAGACGGAUCUCCAGAUCUGGCAAAUGCUACCAAUAGUGCCAAUGGGGAAGUCUACGAUUCAGCGUUUGGAACCGACCCCAGCUCUACCACCAAUGCCGGUGAUGACCAUGAUAAUGGGUCUGCCGAUUUCAGUGGUGCCACCACCGCUGCUACUUCCUAUGAUUUGAUGAACCCUCAUCCUCCAAGUGCAAGUAAUUCCAACCAGUUUCGUCUGCUGCACCAUCAUCCUCAACAAUCUCAGCAACAGCCGGGCCUUGGGUAUGGUAACCAUAUGAACUUCUCCAACUACCAAAUGUACCAACAACAGCUGCCUUCUGUCCAACCAAACGGAACUGCUCUCCCGCUUGAGUACGACUUCCGAACCCAAUAUCCCAAAGAUCCUCAACCAGGGCAUGUGAAGCCAUCGCGUAGCCAACCCCCACAUCCUCAACUUCAUCAACCUCAUCAGGUGGGUGCAGGUAAGUCCAGUACAGGUGGAAGCGGAGCUGCUGGCCGUGUCACUAGCAGAAGUGAAGUGGAUUUUGCUUCAAAUAUGUCGGGAGCGGACAUUGAACGGUUCAUCUACAUGUUUGCUGACCGAUACUUCCAUGAGAAUGCUAGUAACUACCCGCAAACCAUGAAGGUGUUCCAAGAGUUCAAAACCACCUUUCUCAACGAAAGAAUUCAACAAGCCCGAUCCUCUACUCAGCUGCUGCAAAUUGUCCAUCUGCAAGGAGGCAGGCCUUCGCCCAGUCAAACGUCUGCCAUCGAUGAGUUCUUCUUUCGAAAUGGAGGACUCCCACAGCCGCAAUCUGCGGGUCAUGACCAAGAAGACGGAGCUUUGAUGAAUUCCAAUGGGGUGAACAAGUGGAAAAAGUGAUAAAGCCUAAAAAAAAUCGAAAUCGAGUUGACUAUAGAAAUCGGGACAUCGAAGUGAAUUCAUGAGUGUAACAAAGUGUGAAAUCGUUAGUUACGAUUGUAAUUAUUGAACUACUAUUUAUUGGGUCUGCUACGGAUUAUUCUGGUGCUGUUAUGUUAUUUGUUUGUAUUAUUGGAUAUGUAGUUUUACUUUUGUAUAAUAAAUGGGUUACAAGUAAACUGGCCCAAUCGGGUAAGAUGCGCUUGCGAUACGAUUCCUCGUAGGGCGACGGAAUUCAAAACUACUUAAGAAUUGAGCUUUAGCCAACUUUUUUUUCGACUACCAUUUUCUAAGCGCCCAUAAAAAUGGUUGAAGUAUUGUCAAUUGGAUUAGGAGGUGUGGGUGUCAUUGCUGCUCAUGCUCUCGAAACCUCAAAUGAAAAUGUGCAUGUCACAGCCGUAAUCAGAUCGGACUUCGAUAAGGUUAUAAGCGAAGGUUAUACGAUCAAACAAAUGGCAGUGGGGGAAAGUGCUCAAAGAGAACCAUCACUUGAGGGAUACACGCCCACGCAUGUCGUUAAGAGCCUUGAAGAUGCGGUGGCAUUGGGGCCUUUUGACUAUAUUGUUGUUUCCACCAAGGCCAUUCCUCAGACAUCAAACAAUGUGUGGGACCAAGUAUACGAAUUACGUGAAAAGUUGAUUAAAACAGAAGAUAUCACCAGUAUUGUAUUGAUCCAAAAUGGGCUUGACAUCGAGAAACAGUGGCUGAAGCUUGGCAAGUCGGUCAACAUGAUUAGUGGAGUCAGCUACAUUAGUUCCAUCAAUACCAAAGGUACUAUUAACAUGUGGGCACCUGAUGCAGUGACGUUCGGGUUAUUCGACCCAGCGGCGGGCAACCACUCAAAACUCAGCCAGUUCAUUCAAUUGUACACCCACAGUAUCAAUCUGGUGGAAGAGGACAAAAAUGUCCGGUUCACCAGAAUGAGGAAAUUGUUGUACAAUGCCUCUUUCAACACCAUUUGCUGUUUGACCAAUAGUGAUGUGGCGGUUGUUUUCGCUACGGACGGAGUCAUCGAUAAUAUUGUUCGACCUUUGAUGAAGGAAAUCCAGCUUGUUGCCAACCAGGACUUAAAACUUCAUGGACUGGAACAGUUACUUGAAGAUUCGCAUGUGGAAGGAAUGAUCAAGUUCACCGAAGAAACAGACGUUCCUUUCAACUACGAACCAUCGAUGUUAGUGGACCUUCGAAACAAACGACAAAUCGAGUUGCAGGUGAUUUUGGCCAACUUGAUCCAAGUCUACAAACAAAACAACCCAGAAGUUGAUGUGAAAGUGCUGAUUCCGUAUAUAAACUUUCUCUAUUAUUCAUUAAAGGUCGUGCAACAUAAGUUGGCCCAUGGAAUAGCCUAGUUAGGGCUAUAUAGAUGUGUAAUGCAUAAAAACGUUGAAGGUUUUAUAUCUUGUUGGUGAAGUCAAUCUCCGUGAGGGUAUGGUUAAUAGACUCGAUUUCUUGUUCUAGUUUUGUAUCUCUGUCGAUUUCGAUGGUGAUCUUGGGUGUGUUCUUCUUGUUCGGGCAGUUGGCACAGUUGUUACAACUUUCGAUAUCACUGCAGUGGCUUUUGGCUUUUUCUUCAUUACCGGACCCGGCUCCUAAUGGCUGCAAGUUCUGGGGAAUAAUGAUAUUGGCUUUUUGCAUCAAUGAUAACGUGAACUCGUCACGAGCAUGCUUGGCGUAAAGGUAGUUUUUGAGAGCCAUCGCACCGGUAUAACAGUUUAGCAGGAAAUUUCGUGUUGAUAUAUAUCGAGUGGCUUUUGGCUGCUUU